AUGGCUGGAUACACGCCCACGUGUUUCAGAGGCCUGGAACAGCUGGUGCCAGCCGGUGGUGGUGCCGCGACCGCAGAGCCCGGUGGCUUGUGCCUGCCGCCUUGGGACCGGAUAUGCCUCCUUGACAUGGACGCCGAGGAGGUCCUUCAGCCCGACGAUGUUGCAAAGUUUGAUGCCUUCGUGUUUGGAGGCAUCCUUGGCAAUGUGAUUGAGAACGACGAUGGCUCCUACGGCAGCGAUGACAGGACGUCCGAAAUUCGCCCGUACUUCAAGCAUCGAAGGCAUCUUGGGCCCAUGCAGAUGACCACGGACACUGCAGUGCUCGUGGCACAGAAGGUCCUGGAACGUGCCUGCCCGCUGGCGGAGAUUCCAUUUCUGGAUUCACCUGAGUUCGAGCGCCCAGGAGAUGGCAAAGAUGCAGGAGCUGCUGCAUCCGACUCCGUGUGCAUGGAGGGCUUCAGAUAUGUGGCGCGUCGGGGCGACACGGGCGACUGGGAGCCCACGCUGCCCGAGGGCAUGAAGGAGCUGCUGCUCACAGAUGCUGACAACGAUAUCCUGAGCUCGCUUCAGUGA